CGGUUUUGUCAAUAAACACGAAAAAGAGACGCGCGAGAGACUUCGGGAUUGAGACCAAAAUGUGGCCUGCCUUCCUCGUGGGGGUGGGGGCUGCCUUCCUGCUGCAGGGCUGCUUGGGCUCCUCCUCCUCCACGCACUCCCUGCGCUAUUUCUACACGGGGGUCUCAGAGCCCGGCCAGGGGCUGCCCUGGUUCAUCCGUGUGGGCUACGUGGACGACCAGCUGUUUGUUCACUAUGACAGCAACACAAGAAGAGCACAGCCUCGCGUCCCCUGGAUAAAGAAGGUGGAGAAGGACGAUGCCCAGUACUGGGAUAGGCAGAGCCAGAUCUUGCAGGCCUGGGAACAGACAUUCCGAGUGAAUGUGGAGAAUGUACGGAACUUUUACAACCAGAGCAAGGGGUUUCACACCGUUCAGCGGAUGUGCGGCUGUGAGCUGAGGGGAGACGGGACCAAAGGGGGGUAUAGCCAGUAUGGCUACGACGGGAGGGACUACCUCGCCUUCGACAAGGAGACCCUCACCUGGACGGCCGCCGAUGUCUCGGCCCAAAACACCAAGAGGAAGUGGGUGGCUGACAGGGCAGAUAACCAAUACCGGAAGUACUACCUGGAGGAGAUCUGCAUUGAAUAUCUGCGGAGAUUCCUGGACUACGGGAACGAGACUCUGCUGAGGACAGAGCGCCCCGUGGUGAAGGUGACGAGCCAGGCGGAGCAUGACAGCAUGGAGACCCUCGUCUGCCGGGCCCACGGCUUCUACCCCAAGGCCAUCGAGACCACCUGGAGGAGGGAUGGGGAGGUCAUGGAGCAUAAGACCUUCCGCAGGGACGUCGCCCCCAAUUCGGACGGGACCUACCACGCCUGGCUCAGCAUCAAGGUCGACCCCAAGGAUCGGGACCUCUACCGGUGCCACGUGGAGCAUGACAGCCUGCUGGAGCCCCUGGACGUUGCCUGGGAGGAGACCGGUGCAUCCAACUUGGGGCUCAUUGUUGGGUGUGUGGUGGGGGCCGCCUUUGCCCUGCUGGUAGCUGGGAUCCUUGGGAUCUAUUUCUACAAGAAACGUCAAGGUGGCUACAAAGCAGCAUCAACAAAGGACCAAAACUCCGACAGUUCCGGGAGCAACCCGGCCAUCUAGGAGCCCCCAAGCAGCUUUUUGACUUUUAAUUCAACGCCACCCCGUGUGCCAGGCAGGCGCUGUGCCGACAGCCGGACUUUGACCAUGGAACAGCGGGAGUCCCCUGGCCAAGGCCGAGCCUCCUUCCCCGGUCUUCUUCCAGAGGCACGCAAACACCAGCGGCCCCCUCCAGCCUUUGCCCUCCCGCCGUCCGAGGCGGAGACCCGAAAAGGCGAAGAGCCGGGAGACUUUCUCUCUCCCUUUCCAGCGAUCCGCCCACUUGCGCCGUCUGCCCAGCAACCACUGCCGGACACUGGGCCCGAUUUUUUUGAGUGGUCGAAUAUUUCCCCUCGGCCAAUCCCGAGGCUUCCUCAGCAGAGAGGGUGGAGCGUUCUUCCCCCCACGCCCUUUCAGGGGGACUCGUGGGAGUCCGGAGCCAAGGAUGCUCAGGGCCGGUGCCAGACUAUUUUGCACCCUAGGCAAGGUGAGCUACUUUCACACACACACACACACACACUUUUUUUUUUGCCAACUUUUUAUUUUUAAGGACAUAUAUUUAUAAUAUAUAAAUAAUAUAUAUAUUAUUUAUAUAUAUAAAUAAUAAAUAUUUAUUUCUGAAAUAAAUUAUAUAUUAAUUAAUUGUAUAUAUUUUUAUAAAGCCUGUGUUACCCAAAUUCAAAUUACAAGAAGGAAAAAGGCUUUCAAACAAGGUAGAAUUGUGGCACAGACACUUCCUCGACAUGCCAAAGGAAGCGAGGCAGGUGGCUACUAGGAGGCGGGCUUUCUCCGCUGUGGCACCCCGGCUGUGGAACGAGCUCCCCAGAGAGGUCCGAC